CCCCCACCCCUCCCGCCCCGGCCGCUGCCCGAAUCAGUGGGAGGAAGAUGGCGGCGCUCAUCCCCCUCAGCCAGCAGUUUACUGGGAAUCCAUUAUAUGAAACUUACUACAAACAGGUAGAUCCAACAUAUACGGGGAGAGUUGGGGCAAGUGAAGCUGCACUGUUCCUGAAAAAAUCCGGUCUCUCUGAUAUUAUCCUUGGGAAAAUAUGGGAUUUGGCUGACCCAGAGGGUAAAGGAUACUUGGAUAAACAGGGUUUCUAUGUCGCAUUGCGCCUUGUAGCAUGUGCACAGAAUGGCCAUGAUGUUAACCUGAGCAGUCUCAACUUGACUGUGCCACCUCCUAAAUUUCACGACACUAGCAGUCCUUUGCUGAUCACCCCACCUUCAACAGAAACUCACUGGGCUGUUAGGGUGGAAGAAAAAGCAAAGUUUGAUGGUAUUUUUGAAAGCCUUUUGCCAGUAAAUGGUUUACUUUCAGGAGACAAAGUAAAACCAGUACUGAUGAAUUCAAAGCUACCUCUUGAUAUCCUAGGAAGGGUCUGGGAUCUCAGUGAUAUUGAUAAAGAUGGUCACCUGGACAAGGAUGAAUUUGCUGUGGCAAUGCAUUUGGUAUAUAGAGCUCUCGAGAAAGAGCCAGUUCCUUCACUAUUACCCCCUUCUCUCAUACCACCUUCUAAAAGAAAGAAGACGCCUGUCUUCCCUGGUUCUGUUCCUGUUCUUCCUGCAAGUCCUCCACCAAAAGACAGCCUCCGUUCUACCCCUUCUCAUGGGAGUGUCAACAGUCUGAACAGCACGGGGAGUUUGUCUCCCAAGCACAGCAUUAAGCAAGCACAGCCCUCUGUGAAUUGGGUGGUACCAAUGUCUGAAAAAGUGCGAUAUGAUGACAUUUUCUUAAAAACAGACACAGACAUGGAUGGGUUUGUGAGUGGCCAAGAAGUAAAAGACAUUUUUAUGCAUUCAGGUCUCUCUCAGAAUCUCCUAGCACAUAUAUGGGCUUUGGCAGACACAAGACAGAUGGGAAAGCUGAGCAAAGAUCAGUUUGCACUAGCAAUGUAUCUCAUCCAACAGAAGGUCAGUAAAGGGAUUGAUCCUCCACAAGUGUUGUCUCCAGAGAUGAUCCCUCCCUCAGAGAGGAACACUCCCAUACAGACUCUGUCAGGUUACUUGACCUCUGUAGGGACUGAGAUCUCAACACUAACAGAAAUGCGUCGUGAUAGUUCAAGUUCCGUUGGAUCAGGCGAAUUUACAGGGGUGAAGGAACUGGAUGAUAUUAGUCAAGAAAUUGCACAGCUACAGAGAGAAAAAUACUCACUAGAGCAGGACAUUAGGGAAAAAGAAGAAUCAAUCAGACAGAAAACCAAUGAAGUCCAGGAACUCCAAAAUGAUUUAGAUAGGGAGACAAGUAACUUGCAAGAGCUGGAGGCUCAGAAACAAGAUGCUCAAGACCGCCUGGAUGAAAUGGACCAGCAGAAAGCCAAACUAAAAGAUAUGCUGAACGAUGUAAGGCAGAAAUGCCAGGAAGAAACACAGGUGAUUUCAUCACUAAAAAUGCAGAUUCAAUCUCAGGAAUCAGAUUUAAAAUUACAGGAAGAUGACCUUAAUAGAGCAAAAGCAGAGCUGAAUCGCCUCCAGCAAGAAGAGACUCAGCUAGAGCAGAGUAUCCAGGCUGGAAAAGUGCAGCUUGAAACAAUAAUCAAAUCUUUAAAAUCAACACAGGAAGAAAUAAACCAGGCAAGAAGUAAACUUUCUCAACUUCAAGAGAGUCAUCAAGAAGUCAAUAAGAGUAUAGAAGAAUAUAAUGAAGCUCUCAAUGGGAUUCAUGGUGGUAGCCUGACGAAUUUGGCAGACAUAAGUGAAGGCAUUGGGCAGACAGAAAGAAACAACUAUGGAACUAUGGAUGAUCCAUUUAAGAAUAAGGCCUUGAUGUUUACCAAUAAUACACAAGAACUGCAUACAGACCCAUUCCAGUCAGAAGAUCCUUUCAAAUCUGAUCCAUUUAAGGGAGCAGACCCUUUCAAAGGCAGUGACCCAUUCCAGCAUGAUCCUUUUGCAGAACAACCACCUGCUCCAGCAGAUCCAUUUGGAGGUGAUCCAUUUAAGGAAAGUGACCCAUUUCGUAGUUCUGCCCCUGAGGAUUUCUUCAAGAAACAAGUGAAGAGCGACCCAUUUACCUCAGAUCCAUUCACAAAACCCCCCAGUUUGCCCUCAAAGCCUGACCCUUUUGAAAGCAGUGAUCCUUUUACAUCUUCCAGUAUCUCUUCAAAAGGUCCAGAUCCAUUUGGAACACUGGAUCCAUUUGGAAGUGGUACUUUCAGUAGUGGUGAGGGAUUUGCAGACUUCAGUCAGAUGUCAAAGUCGGUAGCUUCAGACCCCUUCGCCUCCUCUUUUGGAGGGAUGGGAUUCUCAGAUGACCCCUUCAAAAGCAAAUCAGACACACCAGCAUUACCACCGAAGAAAAAUGUCCCUCCACGACCCAAGCCACCCAGUGGUAAAAGUACUCCUGUAAGCCACCUUGGGUCUUCAGAUUUUCCCAAGCCCCAUGAUCCAUUCCAGCCAUUUGGGGCUGACAGCAGUGACCCGUUUCAAAGUAAAAAGGGGUUUGGGGACCCAUUUAGUGGAAAAGAUCCAUUUGCUCCCUCCUCUUCAAGUAAAACUUCUAAAGACUCUUCCUUGGGGUUUGCAGACUUCAGCUCUUUUGGAAAUGAAGAACAGCAGCUGGCAUGGGCAAAGCGUGAGAGUGAAAAAGCAGAGCAAGAAAGACUAGCUCGAUUGCGGAGGCAAGAACAAGAAGACCUUGAGUUGGCUAUUGCACUCAGUAAGGCUGAUAUGCCAAACUCUUAAGUAGAGGUUCUUUGGCUCCACCCUGUCCAAGUGAAACCCUUAAACGUGGCUUUUAUAAAAAUACUAAAUUCUUGGUUCAUGUUGUAAAAAUAAUUUUAGUCACCUUCAACUCUAAACAAGACUGGCUGGUUAUGUCAAACUGGGCUCUGUGUGGCUUUUCAAGUGCAUAAUAUGCAGGAAACACUGUAUAAGCUGUAUUAUAUGUUCUAGAUAAAAUUUACUGCUUGUAAGAAAUGUAACGUAUGAUCCUAAGAUACCGAAAGCAAAGUUUCUUUAUCUGGAAGACGAUGUUGCGUAUAGUGAACUGCAACUUAUGAAUCUGGCUUUAUAUUACCUGAAUUCCACGGGGGCUUUGAGGCUGCAGUGUGAAUUUCAAAGAAAAUGUCAUAAAAUUGUAAUAUUUAUAGAAUUAGCUUUCACUUAUUGCAUUUAUUUAAUAAUUCCUGGUAGGUUAAUCAGUACGUCAUCUGCAUCAUCUAUGUCGAAGUCUUCAGCAUAAAUUCGUUAUUAGGUGGUCCCUCUUUAUCCAGGAGAUGUGGCCUUUACAAAAGAAUCUGGCAAUUUAUAUAUGAUGGAUACAGACAUAGUGAACUGUACAAAAUAUUAUGAAUCUCUAUCAAUGAGAAGUUCUUCUAAUUUAAACAUUAGUUUGCAUUAAGUCAUAAUAAUUGUGUGUGAUGUUGUAAGAGAGGGAAUUAAUUCAGUUGUAAAUUGGACAAAGAAUUUGGCAAUUAAAUCAUUAGGUAAAAUCUUGCUUUACCUCGUAAGCAAGCGAGAUUGUGAUACAAGUUUGAGGGCUGC